GAAGAACUAUUAAUUAUAUUAAGUAACAGUUAAUGUAUCUGUCUUCUUCACUUUAAUCGCAUAUUAAAUACUGCAACAAAAUGUUGGGAAGAGAAAGAUUUUUACUUUACGUGCUUUUGAUCAUUUGCUAUUGUUCUUAUACAGAACAAUACCCCGAACACUACCUAAAAGAUAAAAGACCUAUGUGUUAUCCUGAGAUGGAAGAAGUUAUAAAUCAUAGGAAAGCUAGAAUUGUUGGAGGUUUCACUGCCGAAGAUAGAUUUGACCAAAUGAGAUUUGUGGCCGAGAUUCAUACUCCUAAAAAACGAUUGUGUCUAGCCACUGUGGUUACCGAAAAACAUUUAAUAACAGCCGCUCAUUGUCUUUACGGGUAUGUAAUUAUAACUGUUUUGCAUUAAUAUAUUUUUAAAAAAGUGAUAACAAUUGAAUAAAUUUGUUAGUGAAUAAAGUUUAGUACUAGUGCUAGAAACGAAACUAGUUU